AUGGUUAGGAAAGGGGAACGAGAUUUUGUAUUUGACCCUGAUUGCAUGUGUAAGAUUCCUCUAUGGGUCAAGUUCCCAGGGCUUCCAGUUGGGUAUUGGUCUUCUGAUGCAUUGAGCAAGGUAGCCAGUGUUGUUAGAGAACUAUUACACACUGAUAAAUUCACAUCUGAGUAUGACAAGAUUUCCUAUGCGAGGGUGUUGGUUAACUCUAAUGUUUUUAAGCCAUUACCUAGAAGUAUUGAGAUGCAUACACUAACUGGAGUGCUUCACCAAUCCGUUUCUUAUGAUUGGAGACCAACCUUUUGCAACCAUUGCAUUCAAUUUGGGCAUGAUUCUGAAAGUUGCUGGAGAAAUGAGAAGAAGGCCCAAGAUGAGGAAGAAUUUAAGGCUCUUAAAAGAAGAAGGAAGAGGAGAAGAGGCAAACAACCACCAGUUCAAGAAUGGCACAUAAGACCAGCAACAAAUAAUGCUCCUACUAUUGUUCAGAAUGAGCUAAUUGAUAAUGAUGCACCUAAUCAGGCUGAUAAUAUUCCUAUUGUGAAUCCAACUUCUGGUAAUGGUAAUACAAAUACUAAAGGGGUUGUUUCAAAAAGGAAGGAAUCAAGUGUAGUAGCUGCUCAACCACCUACUCAGGAAAGGCUACAGGCUAGUGUGCAAACUAUGCUAACUGACAAUACUUAUGGUGUGAUAACUACUGAGGCUGCUAGUACCUCAGAGAAGAAUAAAGUGGACUUGUUUGGUUGUUUUGAGACAACGGUAAAUGUGAGUAAGGCACAAAGGAUAAUACAGAAAGUUGCUAGGGACUGGAAUUACUGUUGCAACUACCCAUUGGGACUAAAUGGUAGAGUCUGUUUAUUAUGGAAGAGGCAUCUUAGAGUGCAGAUUCUUCAAAUCCAUGAGCAAUUCAUACAUUGUUUAGUUGAAGAUCCUGCUGCUCAAUUCUCUACAUUGCUUGUACGGGCUCAAAUACAUACUGCCUGGUUACUGAGUGGGGACUUCAACAAUAUACUGUCUACUGAUGAUAAUAUUAGCCAACCAGUGAUUCAAGCAAAAAUACAGGGAUUUCAAGAUCUAGUAAUAGGCCUACAACUCACUCCCUUAAGAGCUAAGGGUUGUUUUUUCACAUGGAACAAUAAGCAAGCAGUAGAUACAAGAGUAUAUAGUAAGAUUGAUUGGGGUUUGGGUAACUAUCAUUGGUUACAGGAGUAUGGCAAUGUGUGGAAAUAUUCUGAGCAAGGUGAUCCAAUGCAUGCAAUAUGGCAAAAGCUUAAGCACUUGAAAGUUGAAUUGAAGGAUCUGAAUACUCAGAUGGCUUCCUAUGCUCUUAGAUUAACACAGGCAAGACAACAACUAGAAUAUGUGCAAGCAGCGACUGUUAUACAACCAUUAUGCCAAAGUCUAUUUGACCAAGAAAAGGAGCUACUUAGAACAAUUGAAAAAUGGAGCUUGGUUGAGGAAAAGAUCAGCUCCAGUAAAAAUGCCAUAACAAAAAUUUAUAAUGACAAUGGUCUUAAGCUAACAGAUCCUCAUGAGGUAAAAGCUGAAUUUGUGAAGUUCUUUACUGAGCUUAUGGGAUCAAGAAUAACAAGAGAGGAGAUUGCAAAUGCUAUUAAAGAUACACCAAAUGAAAAAGCACCAGGGGUAGAUGUAUUCCCUAUUGAAUUCUUUACAAGCCAAUGGAGGGAGAGGAUGUCUAUUAGGAUGUGUUGCACUUUUUCAAAACUGGGAAAAUGA